AAGCCCCUUCAGACUCCAUCGGAAGUACGUCAUCAACGAGCUCAUACAUUUAGCACUCAUGCUAACGCUGUUGGCUAGUCUGUUUUUUAUUUGAAACUAAUUCAGCGCUGGUGUGUGUUUUCGGCGGAGUCAACAUGAUUAAAGCUAUAUUGAUUUUUAACAACCACGGGAAGCCGCGGCUGAUCAGAUUCUACCAAUAUUUUGCGGAGGACAUGCAGCAACAGAUCAUCCGUGAGACUUUCCAUCUGGUGUCUAAGAGAGAUGACAAUGUCUGCAACUUCUUGGAGGGUGGAAGUCUCAUUGGCGGCUCAGACUACAAGCUGAUCUACAGGCACUACGCCACGCUCUACUUUGUCUUCUGUGUGGACUCGUCUGAGAGUGAGCUGGGCAUUUUGGACCUGAUUCAGGUGUUUGUGGAGACGCUGGAUAAAUGCUUUGAAAAUGUUUGUGAACUGGACCUCAUUUUCCACAUGGAUAAGGUCCACUAUAUCUUGCAGGAGGUGGUAAUGGGGGGCAUGGUGCUGGAGACCAACAUGAAUGAAAUUAUAGCGCAAGUGGAGGUUCAGAACCGGCUGGAAAAGUCAGAGGGAGGUCUUUCAGCAGCCCCAGCUCGUGCUGUCUCAGCUGUGAAGAACAUGAAUCUGCCAGAAAUUCCUCGGAACAUCAACAUUGGAGACAUCAACAUCAAAGUGCCGAGCCUCUCCCCGUUCUGAGGAGCAUUCCAGUCCAGUCCGCAGAGCUGGUGAACCAUACUACUGAUGGAGUUGUUCUCCUCCACCCUUCUCUGUGGUCAAUGUGGACAACUCUGUUUUUUAUUACUGCAGAACCACAGCCGCAUACUCCCCCUUGAUUUCAGUCUUGCAUAAGGAAGUGAAGAUGUGGACUAUUUUUGAACAUGUUGCACAAUAUUGUAAAAAUGUGAUUCUAUAAAAGAUUGUUUUUUCUGCUACUCUGAGUUGUUGAAGUCAUACAAUUAAUGACUAAAUGUUUGUAAAGUGAUCUUAGAUCAGUGUUUCUCAGUUCUGUCAUCUCCAAGCAGUUUCUACUGAAUGAGCUUCAAAAUUAUUCCUCUGAAGAAAACACAUUCAGUUUAGCUUCUGUGUUUGUGACAGUGUUUUAAAGAGUUUGCGCUGUAUCAUGAUUUCUAAUAUUUUGGUAAUUUUUUUAGUUUUGGUGAUUUGUUCCUCAAGAUAAUUCUCUGAGCUAAAGAUGUAAAGCAACCAGCUUUAGAUCGCUGCGUGGAUAUUUGAGUGUUCCUGUAAAGUGUUCUUGUGUCUUAUUUGCUGUAUUUUUGUUAAGGUAGAGUCAGAAUUUGUUGAUAGUUUUAUUGGGAAAUAUUUUGCAUUUCAAGAGAAGUAGGCUUGUCUCUGUGUCAAAGACCUUCCUCGCCAAAGUAGAAUAAAUAAGUACGCCCUUGUUUGUGUCUCUUCCCAAAUCACAACUAACUUAUUUUCUCAGCUGUUACACUCGAACCAUUCUUUCCUGUUCACAUUUUUCAGUAGGGUUAGGGAUAGAAGUAAAGAUUUCACCGUCAUCAAACUCAAAGUCUCAGAAUAUCAACCUCAUUCCAGUAGAGUUGAAUUAAAAACAGAAGAUGAAUGCAAAUCAGCAGGUAUUAUUGUAGAGCAUGUGCUGUGGUGAACCAUCUCUGAACAUCAGAAUUGUUUCUGCCUCAACACAAGUAGAUGACUACCCCUGUCCACUCAUUUUGGAAUUUGUGAUAAGUGAGGUAGUUGUUCCCUCCCUCCGAUCGCAGUAGAACUUGUACAAGCCUUUACCACCUCCCAUUUCCAGCCUACAGAUGCCAGGAUCUUGUCCUAAAUCAGCAGAGGGUCUUUUUUGCUCAUCAUCGACAUUUGGACUCAAAGAAGGACGUAUAGUGGAUGUUCAGAGAUUGG